AAAAAUAAAAAAAAACCCCAACGCACCCUCAGGUACCGGUUAUACGUUAUAGACAAAAUAUCAGAAUUGCUACGUCCGUCGAAACCUCGUCACGUAACACGUAACCCUAGGCAGAGGUUUUAUCGCAUUGUAUUGCACUGACCACGACAAAUGUGACCACCCACGAAAUUCUAUACUACCCAUGCAAGUAUUCGGAAUCCCAAGCCACGCAAGCCAAGUAGUGGGUCGGUGAUUUAACAUAUACCACGAAAUAAAUACACUAGGUAUCUAUUUAAUCACGUCGAUCCGGGGAUUGGCCCACACAUGUAGGCAAAUGGCAAAGAGAUAAAGAGGGAAAAAAUAUGGCGUUAGUGGAAGAAAAAAAGGAAGAAAAAAAAAAACGUCAUGCAGUAUUUUCAAAAGCCUGACUUAAAACAAGUCGAACUCUUCAUUAACAAUAUACUUGUAUGGUUCUAGGGCCUUCAAAGCAUAUUCAACUCUAGACGAAGACGAUCUUCUUGCAGCGAGAGAAAUUAAGGCUUUAAACCCCUUAUGCAUAUAAUCUUGGAGACCCUGCGCCUGUCAUAUCUCAGUUUUACGUAUUUGGCAUUACCCAAUACCAAGGUCUAGGUACAGCAUAGCGAUUCGGCCAUCUCCAGAAUGAGGUGGCUUUGUUUACAUGGAAGGGGAACCAGCGCACAGAUAUUUGAGAUGCAGACGGUAAGGAUCAGGGAGGCUCUCGGCCGGGAUCACGAAUUCGUGUUUGUGAACGGCACGGUAUCAACCGAGCCAGAUGUCGGGGCCGAUGCGAUCACCGACGAGUUUUUCGGCUACGUCGCCCAUGAUGCAGACCAAGAUCGAGAACUCUGUGACAACAUGAUCGAGUUUGUCGAGAGUCAAGGACCGUUUGAUGGGUUUAUGGGAUUUUCCGAAGGCGGUACCGUGGCCGCAAUGAUGCUUGUAGAGGACGCCAGGCAUGGUUCGUUUGGUGGUAUCAAGUGCGCCGUGUUUUUCUGCGCCGCUCUACCCUUCGAUCCCGACCAGGCCCGAACUGGCGUAAUCCGAUAUAUCGAUCCCGACACGGAUGGGGUUCUCCUGACCAUUCCGACAGCUCAUAUCUGGGCCCAAACUGCCGGGGCACAUGAGAUUAAAGUUCAUCAGUCUCUAACCCGAAUCUGUGAUGAGAGCGUCAGGGAAGUGUUUCUUCACGACUUGGGUCACGAUGUGCCGGGGGCAAAAUCGGACAAGGGUUUAGCUGGAGCUCUCCGAGCCAUUGAACACGUGAUUGAGAAUGCUAUGGACAGUACCAGAUAAUGGACAGUGCCGGAUGAACAAUAUGUAUUGAGUAGUAUGUAGUAUACGGAUUACAUACCCUAUGGAGUCUAUACCCUAUGGAGUCGGUAUACGUGUAUGUAAUAAAAUUCUACCGCUGGUUCCAUUGUUCCAAGGAUCGCAGAUUUUGAAAC